AUGUCAACAAUACAAAAUGAUCGAAAUUACUGUUCUACUUGUAAAAAACAAUUAAGUACUGGUUCUGCUUAUAGUAAUCAUAUAAAAUCAAAGAAACACUCACUUAAAUUAUUAGAAUCUCAACCAUUUAAUGAAACAAAGCAAAUAUUAGGAAAUUCUAAUUAUGUUAAUGCAAAUAUCACCAAUUCUUUUGAUUACAUAAAUUCGGAAUAUGAUAAUGAAGAAUAUUAUAGCAAAGAGCAUGAUGGUGAAGAAUAUAAUAAUGAAGAAUUAAUAGAAGACUGUGAAUCAUAUGAUUUUAGUGAUAGUUUAACACAAGUUGUUUCAUCUGUAGAGGAAACACAUGAGACAAUCAGUCCACCACAAAUGAUUACAAAUCUUUUUUCUAAUAAUAUUGCUGAAGAAUAUGCAAAAUUAAUAAUAAAGCAUAAUUUAAGUCAAAAUGCUGCUGAUGAUAUUCGUCGAUUUUUUAAUAAAUUCUCUUUAUGGUCAAAAAGUCCAUUACCAAAUUCUGCAAAACAAACACACCAAAUAAUUGAUCAAAUUGAAACAAAAAAUAUUAAAUUUGAGAAAAAACUUAUAACUUCAUUAAAUGGAAUUGAUUAUUUUUUGGAAUAUCGUACAAUAUUUGCUGCAAUUGCAGAGCUGCUUGAAAAUGAAUUAAUUGCUAGUUUAUGCAAAUUUGAUUACCAAGAAAAGAAGUAA